AUGUCAUCGAGCGUCGUUUUUAUCAUCAAUGCGCUGGAAAGUAUUGGUGCGAAUAAAGAAUGCAGGAAAAAUAAAGCACUCAAAGAAAGUGUUGGCAAAGCUUUAGAAUCAAUAAAAAAUGAAAAUUCGGAAGAAAAAAGUGAUGUCAACCUUAUUUUCGAACCACUUUGUUUAUCAUGUAAAACGAAAAAUAUUGUCCUUAUGACUAUAGCCAUAGACUGUAUAGGAAAACUUUUUUCAUACAAUUAUCUGAUAGAAGAAUCAACCAAUGAUUCUUUGGCUUCCAUAGAUGAGGAAGAACAAUCCAAUGAAAAUGAAAAUCAAAAUGGUUCUACUAAAAAACUCUUAAUAGAUCAAGCAGUUGAUGUCGUUUGUGAUUGCUUUAUUGGAGAUAAUACUGAUGAUAAAGUUCAAUUACAAAUUAUUAAGGCACUUCUUGCAGCUGUUUCAUCAACAGUCGUUCCAAUUCAUCAAUCUUCUCUUCUCAAGUCUAUUCGUACAUCAUACAAUAUAUUCUUACUUUCUAGAAAUUCUAAAAACCAAACUAUUGCUCAAGGAACAUUAACUCAAAUGAUUCAUCAUGUAUUUAGUCGUAUAGAUGUCAAUAAUAAAGAUGAUCCUAAUGAAAAUAGUACAGAUGAAAAAGUUUUAACCCCCAUAAAAUUAGAUGGUAUAGAUGCAUUGGAGUUUGGUCAAUGGAAUGAUGCUCAAAAUUCAGGUGAAGUAGAUUUCAAAGUUCCCGAAGAUGUUCCUGGUGAAAAAAAAAUGACUUUAGAUUCUUUUGAACAUCGAAAAUCAUUCGAAGCGGAAGCGGAACCAAAUUAUGAACAUAAUAAUAUUAUGAAUCGUGAUGAACUUUAUAUUAAAGAUGCAUUCCUCGUUUUUCGUGCAUUGUGCAAAUUAUCUAUGAAAGUUAUACCGGCUGCAUCUUCUACGGAUUUAAAAUCACAUGCAAUGAGAUCGAAACUUUUAUCAUUACACUUAAUAUUAACAAUAUUAAGUUCACAUAUACAAGUAUUUACAUCACCAUAUGUAAUAUUAACUUCAUCGUCUACACGUGAGUCCACUUUAUUUGUUCAAGCGAUUAAACAAUAUUUAUGUUUGAGUUUGAGUAGAAAUUCUGUUAGUCCUGUACCUCAAAUAUUUGAAACUAGUCUUGAGAUAUUUUGGAAAUGUAUAAAUAAACUUAGGAGUCAUUUAAAGAAAGAGAUUGAAGUAUUUGUAAAUGAAAUAUUUUUACCAAUUUUAGAAAUGAGGAGUUCUUCAACAAAACAUAAGUAUACAUUAUUAAAUGUCCUUUCAAGAAUUUGUAGUGAUCCUCAAACUUUAGUAGAAAUUUAUUUAAAUUAUGAUUGUGAUCGAGAAGCAUUGGAUAAUACUUAUGAACGUAUAACUCAAAAUGUAGUUAUUCCCCCUUCUUUGGCUACCAAAUCGAUAACAACUUCAACCUCAUCAUCACAAAUUCACUCAGGUCGUCCUGAUGAAUUAGCAUUAAAAUAUCAAGGUCUUGAAUGUCUUGUAUCUAUUUUAAGAUCUCUGGUGGCAUGGUGUAGUAAUAAAUCUUCAAUUGAAAAUGGUAGUGAAGAUGAUAAAGAAGAACCUGUUCGAAAAAGUGAAGAAACAAUAGAAUUUGUUUCAACUCAAUCUCCAACCUCUAUUACAUUCACAAAUAAAUCAUCACCUUCAUCAUCCACAAUGUCAGUUCCUGGAUCAAUAUCUAAUGAUUUAAAAACGACGACUACAAAAGCUAUUGAUGAUCCAGAAGAAUUUGAAAAUUUGAAACAUAGAAAACAAAUUCUUCAAGAUGGAAUCAAAAAAUUUAAUUUUAAACCUAAAAAAGGAAUUCAAUCAUUAGUAUCCGCGGGUUUUAUUAAAAGUGUUGAACCCGUUGAAAUUGCAAAUUUCUUGUUAUACACAGAAGGUUUUAAUAAGGCAAUGAUUGGAGAAUAUUUAGGAGAAGGUGAACCAGAAAAUAUUGCAACAAUGCACGCAUUUGUAGAUCUAAUGGAUUUUACAAAUAUGAAUUUUGUAAAUGCAUUACGAUUAUUUUUACAAUCAUUUCGAUUACCUGGUGAAGCUCAGAAGAUAGAUAGAUUUAUGUUGAAAUUUGCUGAACGUUAUGUGGAUGGAAAUCCUACUCAAUUUGCUAAUGCUGAUACUGCUUACGUCUUGGCAUAUUCAGUUAUUAUGUUAAAUACCGAUCUUCAUAAUCCACAAAUUAAGCGUCGAAUGACAAAGGAUGAAUUCAUUAAAAAUAAUCGAGGAAUUGAUGAUAAUUCAAAUUUAUCUGAAGAAUUUCUAAUGGCCAUAUAUGAUGAAAUUCAAAAUAAUGAAAUUAAGAUGAAAGAUGAACAAGAUGCUGUAUUUAUGCAACAGAUUCCUACUUCACCUGGAGGAAUUGGUAUUUCAAAUAUUGGUAGCGCAAUAGUUAAUGUUGGUAGAAAUUUUAAACGAGAAGCAUAUAAAGCGGCUUCAAUGGAAAUGGCAAAUAAAACUGAGAACUUAUUUAAAUCAAUGCUCAGAGCUCAACGUCGUGGAAUUUACACAGCCAAUACUACUUUUUAUAGUGCUUCCCAUUUUGAGCACGUUCGUCCCAUGUUCGAAGUAGCUUGGAUGCCUGUUCUUGCUGGUUUGUCCGGUCCUCUUCAAGAUACUGAAGAUAUCGAAACCGCAAAUCUUUCUUUAGAAGGAUUUAAACUUGCCAUUCGUAUUAUAUGUCUUUUUGAUAUGGAAUUGGAAAGAAAUGCAUUUAUUACUACAUUAGCAAAAUUCACUUUUUUGAAUAAUCUUGGUGAAAUGAAACCGAAAAAUGUAGAUGCUAUUAAAACUCUUUUAGAUAUUGCAUUGACUGAAGGGAAUUAUUUGAAAGGUUCAUGGCAAGAAGUUUUAACUUGCGUAAGUCAAUUGGAAAGAUUUCAAUUAAUAAGUUCUGGUUUGGAUCAAACUGUCGUACCUGAUAUAUCUAACGCAAGAAAACAACCACGUCCACAUUCUUUGGACAACGGCGCAAGGCGUAGUUUGACCACUAAAAGACCAUUUACAGUGAGACCUACAUCUCAAGUUAUGUACGCUGAAGAUGUUGCAUUAGAGAGUAGGUCAUCUCAAGUGGUGGUUGCAGUUGAUAGAAUUUUCAGUUCAAGUUCAAAGCUUUCCGGUACCGCAAUUGUUGAAUUUGUGAGAGCAUUGAGUGGUGUUUCAUGGGAAGAAAUACAAUCUUCUAGUAUGACCGAAAACCCAAGAAUGUUUAGUUUACAAAAAAUAGUUGAAAUUUCUUAUUAUAAUAUGGGUCGUAUAAGGAUGGAAUGGUCUUACGUUUGGGCAAUAUUAGGAGAACAUUUUAAUCAAGUUGGAUGUCAUCCAAAUAUAAAUGUUGGUUUCUUUGCCAUAGAUUCUCUUCGUCAAUUAGCAAUGCAGUUCUUGGCAAAAGAAGAACUUCCACAUUUUAAAUUUCAGAAGGAUUUUCUGAGACCUUUUGAAUAUGUUUUAAUUAAUAAUUCAAAUAUUUCUAUUAAAGAUAUGGUUUUGCGAUGCAUUCAACAAAUGAUUCAAGCAAGAUCUCAUAAUAUUAAAUCUGGUUGGAAAGCUUUAUUUGGUGUAUUUUCAGCAGCUGCAAAGGAAUCUAAUGAGGCAAUUGUUAUAAUGGCAUUUGAUCUCGUAAGAUUGUUAAUUAAAGAUCGAUUUGAUGACAUAGUAACAAAUAGCACUUAUCCAGACCUUAUGGUUUGUCUUACAGAAUUUUGUAAGAAUAAACGUUUCCAGAAAACGAGUCUUCAGUCCAUUGAACUUAUAUGCGUUUCAAUUUCAAAGAUGUUAGAAUAUCCUCAAUACAAAAUUUAUGAACCUAUUAAAGAUGCCAAUGGAUUUGAAGAUGUUUCUGCUCCAACUGGUAAAGUAAUUACUAAUGAUGAUCCAUCUUUCAAAUUCUGGUAUCCUUUAUUAUUCGGAUUCCAUGAUGUUAUAAUGAAUAGUGAAGAUUUGGAAGUUCGAACAAGAGCAUUGAAUUCAAUGUUUGACACACUUAAAAAAUUUGGUUCAACAUAUUCACUGGAAUUUUGGGGAGUAAUAUGUCGACAAGUUCUCUUUCCGAUUUUUGGAAUUUUAAAAUCUCGAUCAGAUAUCUCUAAAUUUUCCAGUCAUGAAGAUAUGAGUGUGUGGUUAUCAACAACAAUGAUUCAAGCCCUUAGAAAUAUGAUUGAUCUUUUUACUCACUAUUUUGAUAUUCUUGAAGUUAUGAUUGAUGGAAUAUUAGAUUUACUUGGAUCUUGCAUAAUUCAAGAAAAUGACACAUUGGCUCGUAUAGGAAGUUCUUGUUUACAACAAUUAAUUUUAGCCAAUGUAAAAAAGUUAGAUUACGAUCAUUGGGGGAAAGUUUGUGCUACAUUUGUUCAAUUAUUCGAAUCAACAACUGCAUAUAAUUUGCUUGACGAAGAUCAUCAUUUUAUUGAAGCUGCAAAUGGGUUCAUUGAAGAACAUAAUGGUCAAAAUGGAUUUAUUUCUGAAGUUGACUUAAAUACCCGAUCGAUGGUUGAAGAGAAUUAUCCUGACUCUGAACGUUCAUCAACAACUACCAUAGUACAUAAUGAACAACGCACACAAGAAUUUAAUCAAAUAAUUAUUAAAUGCUUACUUCAAUUACUUCUUAUUGACACUGUUAAUGAUUUAUUGAGCAAUGACUUAGUAUUUGGUUCAAUUCCCGCAGUACACUUGUUGAUAAUUGGAGAAUGUUUGGAAAAAUCUUAUAAUUUUGCACGGAAGUUUAAUGAAGAUAAAAAUUUAAGAAUCGCGUUAUGGAAAAUUGGAUUUAUGAAGCAAUUACCGAAUUUACUUAAACAGGAAUCAAGUAGUGCAUCUUGCUAUUUGGAUUUAUUAAUUAGGAUGCAACAAGAUGAUUCCGCGGAUCGUAAAGAAAAGAAACAAGAAAUCGAAUUAAAAUUAAUACCACUUUCGUUGCAAGUAUUAAGGUAUUAUAAUUCAUUGGAUCCUGAGUCACAACCGCGAAACAUCAAUGCUUGGGCACCUGUGGUGGCAUCCAUUUUAAACGCAUAUGUUAAUUUCGAUAAUGAUGAUCUUUUACGAUUUAUUCCCGAUUUUUAUUCUGAAGCAAUUAAUCUAUUAUCGCACGAUAUUAACAUUGCUGAUUUGCGACUGGCAUUACAAAAUUUACUCAUGCGGGUUGCAUUACUUCAUAAUAUUAUUCCGGAAUCAAAUAAAUAG